CCAGAGAUACCACUCCAGACAAGGACCACAACAUCCGUCUGCGGUGGUGUCCGGAACUGGAACCUUAGAAAUUGGAAGCGAGUCUGGUUCACUGAUGAAUCACGAAUUCUUCUUCACCGGCGAGAUGGAAGACAUCGCGUUUACCGUCGAAGAAAAUAACGUUUUGCCCCUAAAGUCCUUUCUCACGCGUCGGACAUUACUCGCGAAAACGAGGCUCGGUAUACACAAUGUUUACUUCCGGUAUUUCCGCCCCGCGAAUCCAUCGCCUGCUAGAGACAUGUCAUCUCACGGCCCGUCACUGCCACAGUGGACAAGAAGUCCGAAAUCUCUACCACCUGUCGAAUCUUCCGACAUUGAAGCAUGGUCGACGAACUGCCGCAUUCCAACAGCUAUCUACAAGAAAGCUUACAGCAAUUUCGUUGAAUCUUACAUUCACGAUGUUGAAGUGCGGACUGCAUGUGAUGGAAGCUUCAUUAGAGCCAAGUGUUACAAGUCAAUGAAGAAGAAUGAUUUCCCUCAUACACUGAAUAUUAAAAUUAGCCAGCAUCAAGAUUGUGAUGAUGACAUGAAUACAGACCAGAGUUGA